CCUUCCACUGCUGAGGCAGGGUCCCAUGUGCUUAGCGGAGGCUUCUUAAAAGUGCUUGCAUACCCUCACUUCCUUCCAUCCUGCUGCCUCCAAGCCGCUGCUUGUUGACCCUCUUCACCGUGUCCGCACGCAGCAAAGCGAGUAAGGCCGUCGUUCAUUUGGUGGAUCAGAAAAAGAAAGAAAAAGAAAAAAGAUCCCUGGUUGACGGUAUCCCAGGACGACGAGAGCCUGAGCCUGCAAGCUCAUCAUCCAUCAUAUCUGCCACCGCUUGCUUUGCUCCGGGCUUGACCUGGAUCCCCCCUUUCUCUUCUGCUUUGCCGGCCCUCAGCUGCGGGUUUUGCAUUACUUUGCUUUAAUUUGCUAUUUACCUUCCAUUACUCGCUUUGUCCUCCCGCCGUCUGGCACUUCAACAUCGACGCCUCCACUGCGGACAGUCUCUUCCACGCCGCGGUUUUCACUUCUUGGUCCACGCCCAGGACCCAGUCGCUCUAAGCCGUCAGCCACCCGCCUCGACCCUUCUUCUCGGCACCCCCCGAAACAAACAACCACCACGCUGGUCCGAGCAGGAAUUCUUAGCGUCCCAAUGGCUCACAUAAUCAGCUGUAUGCUGGAGGGGAACCAUGAUAUCGGUAGCAUCGGCCAUCAUAUAUCCAAGCCAGCCUCCCCACUACCCGCACACGAUUCAGUAAGCAAGCUUCAAUGCAACCUCAGCUGCCGCCAACAUAUAAAACACUCAUGGGCCCGCACCCUACCUGCAAUACACCUUGCUGCCUGUGGUUCUCAUUCGCCCAUAGCCAUCACCACUAACAUAUCAUGCCACCCAAACAGCAACAACAACAACAACAGCAACUGCCUCCACUGCUGGAGCAGGAGCAGGAACAGGAACAGGAUUUGUCCCCAGUGAACAAGACCCCGACGCCUGCGGAGAAGUCAUCCCACAUCUGGAGGAUGUACCAACCCGAGCGCAAGUACCAGCUGUUCCCGAGGGAAAAGCAGCAGCCCGCUGCCCCCACGAAGCCGGAGCAGCCCUUUACCGUCACCAUGGGCCAGGCCGCGGAGAAGACUGAAAAGUCAUCCACCGGCAGCGGCCUGAGAUUCAGGAUCAAGGAGCACAACCUCAACCGCCGGCGUAAAGUCAGCGUUCCUGAGCUGGGGCCCAUGACCACGGUGCACGAGGUUCCCAUGGAUUCCCCCACAAUCCCUGGGAGGCCACCUCUCCAUGAGCGAUCCAUCAGCGCCCCUAGCCACACCCUGAAGCCUCACCACCUCGCCGAUAUCAUGCUCUCCAGGAAAACCCCCCCCGUCAGCGAGAACGAAGAACUGAGCAGCAGCUUCGGUAGCAGCAACGAGUCCAUCAGCCCGUUCGAUAUGCCGAAGCCCGCCUCCAGCCGGCCACUUUCGCCCAGGAGCCUGGCCCCGUUAGUGAUCCCGAUGCAGGGCUGUAUACUUUCCAAGGUCACCGGACAGUGGUCUUUCAGCCACAGCAAAUCCCCUAGCAAUUCGCUCGACGUCAACAACAGCUCGCGCUCGACACGUACGGACGACUCCCCGAGGACACGAACCCCCUACACGCCGCUCUCGGGAGGAACCACCAUGACGACCCCCAGGUCGGCGAGUACCGUGGCGACAACAUCCACAGCCCCAACUCCCGUCACGGCGACUCCGGUCUCGGUAUCCAUGGAUGCUCGUGGCUCGCCCAAAGGCUGGGGUGAAACGCCUACUGUGACAACGCCACAGGAGAGGACGGGGACGUCGUUCUUCGACUGCAGUGUCACUCCCAAGGGCGUCAGCUCCGAGGCCCGCCCGCAGCCACAGUCUCUCGCCAACGGACACAGGAGAAACCAAUCCGAGUCGUCUGGCAGCAUCAUGGAUCGGGGUCGCCCGCGCAAGCGGAGCGAAAUCAUACCUGGUGGCAUUGCGAUUGGCCGCUCGGCGUCCAUGUCCAAGCGCAGCAAGAGCGCCGAUCGGCGUGCGUUCGAGUCCCUCCCCAGGGGCUGGAAGGCGACCGAGGCCAUCACGGCGCUCGAGCAGAGCGAGGCUGCGGCGCUGCAGAAGCAGGCGCUUCAGCAGGCGGCCAGGUUCGAGGUCCUCCGGAAGGGGGAUGUCGAGGCCCUGUCAAGGGAACUGCGGCAGCUUGAUGAGCGGACCGAGUACCUGCGCCGCACGUACGCGUCGCUCAGAGCCGGCCGGCGCAAUCUGCAUUCGCGCAUCUGCCAGUAUCUGCGCUCCCCUCGCGUCGCCAAAUUCAGCUACGACGCGAUGCUGAAGCAGGAGGAGGCACUCGCUGAGCUCGACCAGUCCAUCGACGACUGGGUUGGCAAGUUGGAGCAGGCCGAGAACAGGCGCACCCGUGUGCGCCAGAAGCUUCUGGAGCAUGUCGCUGCCGCCGCCACAAUGCCCCUGAGCCCUGCCUGCGUCAAGGGUGUCAGCGAGAGCCUCCAGAUGGCUGUCGGCAUGCGGGCGCCGCCCUCAAUGCCUGCCGGCAACAUCUCGACGCCUCCCCGCAGCCCAACUAGACAGCCCUACUCGGCGCAGCAGUCUCCCACCCCCCAACGCUUUGUCCCCUCCACCAUCAUGGAGCAGCCACUAGGCGAGGAGGAUGCGGCAGCCGCAGAUGUCGGACUAAGCCUCACUCAGGCCACACUGCCUAAGCCCACGCCCCCUACCACCCACCUCACCCGCGCCGACAUCCAAAGCAUUCGCAUCUACGCCGGCGACGACGUCUAUGCCCUUCUUGCUGACGUCGAGAACGAAAUCACCAAGAUGGGUGAGUUGCCGACCGGCCAGAAGGACCAAGCGCAGGAUAUCACCCUGUCGGACCACCAGCGCAAAGAACUGCACCGUGCCCAAAGUCACGAGCUCUUGAACGGCCUUUCCAAGAAGUCGUCUGCCAACAGCAUCUCCAGCACCAAGAGCGCCACCACCACGCCCUCACCGCCAGCCGCCGCCACCAAGCCUUCAUCACCAAUCACCAUCAAUCCGUCCUCUCCAGCCCGUACCGCCGCCCCCAAGGAUUUCGACGCGCCUUCUCCUCCUGCUGCAUCCCUCCCUCCCCUUCCUGGCAACGGUGAGAUAUUCCUCACCAGUGCCGUCUUCAAGCCAUAGGGCCAUUCACCACACCCGAGGAUCUCGACCCAUUUCCUCUCUGUUCUCACCUGUCAUUUUUACGAUAUACAUACAAGAGGCACCAUCAUUCUUCUCAUCAUUCGAAAACGAUGUUUACGGCCGACCACAUUUUGCCAUUUAUCUGUCCGCACUAGACGCGACGACUCCCUUACCGGACAUCUUUUUUCCCCUCCCCGCUGGAUACCCUUUCGCGUCGAUUGCAUUGCUGCGGCGACCCUGCUGCCAUCGAUUGUAUUUUCAAAUCCUACCUGCAACAUAUUCUUGACUUUGCUUUGCUAAGCAAGCCACUCCAUUUCCUGACCUUCCUUUGUUCGCUUUCCUUUGUCGCGUCUGUACAUCUCACUUUGCUUCUGCCCCUGUCUGUCUUCUGCUUCACCUGUUCGUCUUUGUAUCAUCAUCUUUUACCCCUCUGGCACACUUGUAUUCACACCAGCGUUCUGCAAUAUUUCCUGUUGAUCAAAUCUUCUUUUGCCGCAUGCACUCACCCCCCUACAGACAGGGGUAUGUGCCCUGGAGUUGUUUGUAUUGUAUUUGGAGGCUUUCUUGGGCUGGCGGAUGGCGCGCCAGAUCUUGAUAUCCAAAGCGGUCUACUGGCAAGGCGCAAAGAUGUGCAUUCCGUUGCGGAUACCAUCAAAACAAGGGACGAGGGCGUCACCGGCAGUGGCCAUAUGACGCAACGCCGGUGGUCUGGCUGUCUUGUCCCGCCUGAAACGCACUAGGGCGUUUAGGGGAUGUUGGAGACGGAUGCCACGUUUAGGAAGACGUGAUCGUCGAGGUGGCUAGGCUGGGGGUUGCGACUUGGCCCAAAGCAAAGGUGGAAAACGAAUAAAAAGAGUAAAGUAAAAUAAAAAGUGAUCUAUCAGCCCA